CUGCGUCUUUAACCCUGAGAUGGACUCUACCCCAGGCUAAAAAUGGAGCCCCCGCUCCACCCAACUUUUGCAAAAGCAAGAGGAAAAGUGCGUCGUCUCCGAGAGGAUCCCCGCGGCACUAGUAGCCCUCCCUAUCUUUCUGUCUCCGUAUGGAGCAAAGCUUGAGACCCCCGUCCCCUCCCUCCGUCUGGUCUCCAGUCCACCCCCUCGCCUCCUGCCGAAAGCAAGAGAGGCUCCCCCCCCCCCGCCCGAGAGUCGGACUCUGGAAGGGUUAACCCCCAGCCUCCAUUUCUGGGAAAGUCCUUAGGAGGCAGCCCUCAACAAUGGCUUUUUAAAAAAAGCAAUACAUUUUAAUUUUAUUGAGGGGGGAAGGUGGUGCCGGAUCCAAACCUCCUCUGUCCAGGCAAAACAGGCCGAGGAGGUGUUCUACCACUGAGCUGUGUUUCAGGUGUGUUUGCGGGGAACCUGCGGGCCCCGACGACGAGGGCAGCUGUCCGUCUCCCGCUGGGCUGCACUGCUGAGGAGCAGCCAGAGGUUUGCUGGACCAUCAUGAGACGGUGAAUGGGCCUGUGAUGACAUUCCUGGAAGCGUCUCCUCUUUAUGAUGGAGCGACAUCCAGCCAGCUCAGGACCCCAAGAGGAACCGCUUGUUUCAGUGGACUGACGUGGAGCUGACGUCGGGCUUGGCCCAGCUCUUUUUCCCUCUCGCCUCAGAGUCCCCCCUAGGCACCUAAACAGUGGUGGUGAAAAAAGCCUCUGGAAAGAAGGUGGCACAUCCUUUUAAGGUGGACGAAUAUGUAUUGCCGAAAUUUGAGGUUUUGGUGAAGGCAUCCAAGAGGAUAACGAUUCUGGACAAGGAACUAGAAGUGACUGUCUGCGGCGUCUACAGGUACACUUAUGGGAAGACUGUCCCUGGCCUGGUGAAUGUUCGUGUUUGCCAGCCAUACGCCGGUGGCAGAGGCCACUGCUAUGGGCCAGAGUCGGAGGCCGUGUGUGAAGAGUUCAGCGGAGAGGCGGACAGGCAUGGCUGUCUCUCUCGAGUGGUGAAAACGAAGGAGUUUCAGCUGAAGCGGGAGGGAUAUGUGAUGAACCUCCAGGUGGAAGGCACAAUCACGGAGGAAGGCACAGGGGUGGCAUUGACCAGCACGGCUUCCGUCGCAGUUACCACGACUCUCAGCACAAUUACCUUUGAAAGGGUGGACACUUACUACAAGCCCGGGAUCCCCCUUUUUGGGGAGGUGAAGCUCGUGGAUGGUGCCAACGUGCCAAUGGCCAACGAAACAAUUGAGAUUCGUGUAUUCAAACUCAGGACCAGCUACACAACGGACGACCAGGGGCGGGCCCAGUUUUCCGUAUACAUUGUAAAGUCCACGGAUGAAUCUAUCACAAUCCAGGCACAUUAUAAAUCGGAAGCACAAUGUUCUGACGAGCACUGGAUCAGUCCCGAUCAUGAGAGUGCCUCUCGUUCAGUGCGACGGUUUUACUCACCGAGCCAAAGCUACCUCCACAUCGAGUCCAUCUCUGGGACGUUAAGCUGCGGUCAUGUGCAGCCAGUCCGAGUGCACUAUGUCUUGAAUCGAGACGUCAUGAAAGAGGAGAAGGUUGUCUUUCACUAUUUGAAUCCUGGCAACUGUUGUUUACCCCUCACAGAGCUACAAUUCCUAGCACCCUUAACACAUGACACUUUCCAGCAUUCUUUGGAGGAAGCCUUUAAAUGAGUGGUGUGGACGUGACCAGGAAGAGAAAGAGUUAAACUUGUUCAUCUCCCCCCCCAUGCAUGGUGCUGAUCUGAAAAACAGGAGAUCUGAUUGCUGCCCCUUUCAAC